UUCACUUCCGGGUGACCGUCCGACCCCGGUCGCGGCCAAGCGUCGAGCCGCCGUUUCGGCGGCACCGACGGCGCCGAGGCGGCCCGCGCACCCGCGACGCGGGCGCGACGACCAAAAAUAAGCGGCGGGGACCGAGCGGCUCACGGCUGGGGGCGGAGCGCCGCCGGGGGGCAGGGCGCGGCGCGCGGGUCGGCGGCUGCGCAUGCGCACGCGGUGACCUUUCUCACGUGUGCGAGCAGCGGCGCGGUCACUCGGUGCGGAGUGCAGCAGCCGCCAUGGCAGGAAAAGCAUUUAGGAAAUUCCUUCCCCUGUUUGAUCGUGUUCUGGUUGAACGGUGUGCGGCAGAGACUGUAACCAAAGGAGGCAUCAUGAUUCCAGAAAAAGCUCAAGGGAAGGUGCUGCAAGCAACAGUAGUAGCAGUUGGAUCUGGAGCCAGGGGGAAGGAUUUCUAUAAUUGGCCUGAUGAGUCCUUUGAGGAGAUGGAUAGCACAUUAGCUGUUCAGCAGUACAUCCAGCAAAACAUAAGGGCAGACUGUUCCAACAUUGAUAAGAUCCUUGAACCUCCCGAAGGCCAGGAUGAAGGUGUAUGGAAGUAUGAACAUCUAAGACAAUUCUGCCUUGAGCUCAAUGGACUAGCUGUCAAGCUUCAGAGUGAAUGUCACCCAGACACAUGUACUCAGAUGACAGCAACUGAACAAUGGAUUUUUCUUUGUGCAGCUCAUAAAACUCCCAAAGAGUGUCCUGCUAUAGACUACACCAGACACACGCUUGAUGGAGCUGCAUGUCUUCUGAAUAGCAACAAGUAUUUCCCCAGCAGGGUUAGCAUAAAGGAAUCCUCUGUAGCCAAAUUAGGAUCUGUGUGCCGAAGGAUUUACAGAAUAUUUUCACAUGCUUAUUUUCAUCAUCGGCAGAUAUUUGAUGAAUAUGAAAAUGAAACUUUCUUGUGUCACCGGUUCACUAAAUUUGUGAUGAAGUAUAAUCUGAUGUCCAAGGAUAACCUGAUUGUACCAAUUUUGGAAGAAGAAGUGCAAAACUCAGUGUCAGGCGAGAGUGAGGCAUGAUGGGGAUGACGGUAUUGAAGCCUAUACUGAAUACAAAAAAAAAUUAAUUAUGUACUGUAUAUAUCAUUUUAGACACUUCAAUCAUGUAUCCUUAUAGCUUUGUUUAGUAUACUUUUUGUAUGCUGUGUGCAUUGCCUUUUAAUAUGGGAAAUACUUUAAGUUAUUCAUGAGCUGUAUAUUCAUCAACGUGGCACUCAUGGUUUUUAAAUAAAAGUAGCAGUAUCUGUUUAUAAUGCCUGUUAAUAAAAGAAUUUACAGUUCUCUAAAAUUGCUGCUAAACAAUCAUUGAAUCACAAUCCUGAAGAUGACAGAUUGGGUGGGGAAAAAAAACCAAGAUUAAGAUUACACAGCAAGCCAUUUUGUAAUACAGUAGCUAGGUUAGUUCAAAGAUUUUCACCUUAAAUAUAGAAUUCUGCAGGAAGCUCUUAGCAGUGUAGCUUAUUCCUAAUUUAGCUUUUAUUUUUUUAAGAUGGCUUUGAAGAUUUACUUCUGGUUGUGCAUAUUCCUGUAUGUGUCUAUCCAAACACUAAGAGCAUUUAUAGUAUUAGUAAUACCAAAAGGAUAAUUUUACUGUGAUAUUUAACAGAUAUAUUAUUGAUAUGUGUCUAACUUACUUUUUCAGCCUGUUCUUUUCUUUUGUUACCAGCGGAGGCCUGUGUGCAGUAGGGGCUGUUUUCUGUCCUGCUAAAGCACGCUUCUGUUGUUCUCCACUCCACAAUUUCUUUAAGAGUAACUGUGGCAAAAACAACACAAACUCAAUGGCUUAUACCUGUUCAUGGCAAUGGCUUACAGACUAUACCUCACAGAAAUACUCUCAUUACGCCACAUAACCCGCUAGCAUAGUCUUUACUUGUAUUUUUAGAAAAGAACACCUAAGUACUUGAAAAAUUGAACCUGACUCUUUGUAAGAGUUCAUCAUAUUUCCAGUAUAUGUUAAUUUUUCUUUGUUCACCUGGAUUAUAUUGACAGAAAGAUUUGGACUAAUGCUUCUGUUCCCUUUUAGAUGUUUGUUUCAAUUUGCGUUUGCAGAUUUGCAAUAACUGACAAUUUCCAUGAGUGCUGCUUAAUUGUGUUUUGUCUAGAAUGAUAGAAUUAAAUAUUUUAGAGAUGAAUAUAGCAGACAGAUAUACUGCUAGGUGGGCAUGAAUGCAGGGUAUAAAAGCACUAGUGGUGUUCUUACGUUAAAUGAAUUUUGCUUAUUUGUUCGAAGAGGUAGCCAGUCAUUUCUCUUGGAAGUUGCCAGGGGGGCUCUGUUAUUUCUUUAUGCAGGUCACAAUGGGCUAACUAAGCUAGUUUCUGUAAACUGUACUUGGUUUUUUAAGUUAUACUUACCUGGAAAGAAGGGAGUUCACCUAUUUAAUAUUUUUUUUCCAUAAUACACUAAACAUGCCUUAAAUUCUAUUUUUCUUUACACAAAUCAAGCACACCUCAAGCAACUGUACCACCUGGAUGUAAAGGGAAUUUUAAUUAUAAGAUAAUAAAGAGACUAAGCUUAUGAACUACUUCAGCAACUGCUUUCUUCAGCAGCUCUUCUGUCUCACAUUUAUAGCUGUAUUUAACUGUCAGCAGGGUUACUGCAUGAGAUGUUGUAUGAGUGAACGUAGCUUUAGUUACUGCCUAUAGAGUUAAUUCUAACUUGCCUUGUAUAGACCAAAUAGGUAUCUUAAGUUUGUAUUAGAGGCAGGGAGACAUCUGUAUUUUGGAGAUGGUAAAAUGUAUUCAGUUUUGGUACAGUUUGCUGUAGGACCAUUCACGGUGUGGUUCUUUUGUACAGUCACUCUGCAUGCUUAUAUUGGUCCCGGUGACUGACAGAGGCAAAACCUUGUAACUUGUGUUACUGAUUACAUUUCCUCUACGCAAUUGAAGCAGAUGUGGUGCUCAGGACUGCAUUAAAGUUUUAAACCUCUUUUCGUCCUCUUACGCUUUAAGAGUUUCACUUCAGAACAAAACUCUGGAAGUUUUAAUCCUAUUCAUUCUCAUUCAGAUUUGCACUGUAAAUUGACUUGCUCUCUUUUAUAUACGGCUUAAGUGAAACACUGCUUGUAUUUUCCCUUGCUAUUGUUUACACGAGUACUGCGUACACAUACGUGCCUGAAUGGUACCAUGAAACUUAACUUCGCCUAAGGAAAUCAUCAGUUUGUCUAGUUAAAUACAUUAACAGAUUUCAUUUACACUCUACGUAACAGGGAAAUGGAAGACUGUCUUUGAAAUAUAUUGUAAACAAACCAACGAUUAAAAUUAAACUGUUACUUUGUCCAUACCACUA